CUCUGUUCAGAUCACAGCUGUCCUCAUUCAUACUUGAAUACAUGUGACUUCAAUGUCUGUUUCCCUCCACAGUGUACUUCUGAAACAAAAGAAAUUCCUCUACAACUUCAAGAACUUGCGCUGGGCCAAAGGCCGUCACGAAACGUACCUUUGCUAUGUGGUCAAACGGCGGAACAGUGCAACAUCCUGCUCCCUGGACUUUGGAUAUCUGCGCAAUAAGUCAGGUUGCCAUGUUGAAGUUCUCUUCCUGCGUUACAUCGCCACCUGGGACCUGGACCCAAGGCACUGCUAUCGGAUCACCUGGUUCACCUCAUGGAGUCCGUGCUAUGACUGCGCCCGGCAUGUGGCCGACUUCUUGUACGCCUACCCUAACCUAACCCUGCGCAUUUUUGCUGCCCGCUUGUACUUCUGUGAGGAACGGAAUGCCGAACCUGAGGGGCUGCGUCGCCUCCACCGGGCAGGAGCUCAGAUUGCCAUCAUGACCUUCAAAGAUUACUUUUACUGCUGGAACACCUUUGUAGAGAACCGCAAGAAGACCUUCAAAGCUUGGGAAGGGCUUCAUGAAAAUUCUGUGCGUCUAACCAGGAGGCUCCGCCGUAUCCUUUUGCCCCUUUAUGAGGUUGAUGACUUGCGAGAUGCCUUCCGAAUCCUUGGACUCUGA